UUAUCUAUGACUGACUACGGUUGGCAGUAUCGCCUACUUUCAUGUUGAUCUCACGUUGUUGUUAUCAUUUGUUCAUUGUAGAUGCGAGAGCUUAUUUCUUUCAAGAUUCUUAGGUUAGAAGUAAUGUAAUACUUCAGAUACUCGAGGGAAUAUUGUCUAAAAUAAUAUUCUUCACAUGGCAUUGUGCGAAUUAAGUGAGCACUUUUACACGUAUGCUGUUAUAAUGUGGACUGACUAGAUUGUUAUUCGUCAUGUCUGACAAAGAGGAAAGCGAGUGCGUUAAUGCCAAUGAGAUCGUUAGUAAAUCCGAGGAAACAGGAGAAAACUUGACGAACGAAGAAGCGCCUACUAGUUUGGAGGCUAUUUCUUCUGAAACUCCUUUGGUUCGCAACGGAGUUCAAAGUACUUCCAAAGAUAAGUCAAAAAUCGAUAUUUUAUUAAAAGCUACUGGCAAUGCACCGAUAAUGAAACAAAAGAAAUGGACUGUUAGCCAAGAUUAUUGUAUCGGUCGAAUUUCUGAUUUUAUUAGGAGAUAUUUGAAGUUAGAUUCCAACGAGAAGCUGUUUCUUUACGUAAAUCAAACAUUUGCACCUGCACCGGACCAAAUAGUGAAAAAUUUAUACGACUGUUACGGAGCCGAUGGUAAACUGAUACUUCACUAUUGUAAAAGUCAAGCGUGGGGUUGAUAAUUGGAAAAUGAUAUGUUACCGAAAUAUUUUACAUUUUAAUUACUAUCGUCGAUGUUUAACGUGUACGUACUAAUCUUACGCGUUUCGUUCGAUGUUGAAUAUCAAAUGUUUCGUACAGCUAUGCUACACCGAUAAUUGCAACGAUUUAAAUGCGAGCGAUUACCGUGAAAAUGAAAAGUAUGGGAAACGAUGUAACUCCUAUUUAUUUGUAUAAAACUUUUUUUUAUGCUGUUAUUGAUUUCACGAUGCAAAAGAAAAGCAUGAAUUAAAAAAAAUAAAUAUGUG